UAGGCGUGCUAGAAUAGCAGGACGUGUUACUCCAAGUGUUGAAUAGAUCCAUUAAAUAGUUUAGAGAUAGAUAGAACUGCCAUUGAGUGUACAGCCCACAUUAAUUGCCUGCUGUCAGAGUACUGGUAAUCUUCUAGUAGCCUCAGGAAAUAGUGCCAUUCUACAUGAAUUCAAAAUUGAAACACAGCAAGUAUCAAAGAUGAAAUUUAUAGAUUUUGAAGCCAGACCAUGGUCUUUAGGAUUCUCAUUUUCCCCUACUCAUAUGGAAAUUGUUGAAGAUUUUAUAUCAGUUACGGAUAAAUCAAAUUUAUGCGUUUUUCGAUUGACCAAUUCAAUGUACGAAGACAUUGAUCAAUUGAGUUCUUUAACUUCUACAAAUUCUUCAUCCAUUGAUAAAACUUCUAUAUCUACCGAUUCCUCGCUCGUGGAAAAUAGCAAUAAUAUGGGAAAUCAAGAUGACAGUACAAUACUGCAAGCAACAAAUUCAAAAGGUAAAAUAUCUGUCCAAGAUCUUUACUGUACUGUAUCAGAAAACAAUGAUUCAUUGGGAGCAACUACAAAAUCCAAAAGUAAGAGGCAUAAGAAUUCUAAAGCAAAUAUAUGGAGCAAAUUGGAAACAGGAGACCUGAAAAAAAUAAAAUCUAAUAAUAACGAAAGUAUCAUAGAUUUGGAUCGUUUAAUGUACAAUGAAAAAGAUGAGUUGCAAAGAUUAAUUGAUCAAGAAAUUAUAGAUGGGAGUUCACAACCACUGACUGUCAAUUUACCAUCUAUAAGUCUGGAAAGAGCAGGACCUGGACAUACUUUAAGCCCUUUUAUAUUAAAUCCAUCAGAUAUAAAGAUCAUAAUCAAAACGAAUUCUCCUGAUUUAGGAUGGUCAGAAAAUUAUAUGAUAAAGAACUUGUUGUCUCUUAAAAUAAUGGCAGCUAAUAAUAACUCUAAAUUUGAUGGAAAUUGUGAACUGUUCAGUUGUUCUUUGCUAAAACCAUUGUACAUGAAAAAAGAGUGCAAUAAUUCUUGCGUAAAAAAAUCGAUUCUCAGAUCAGACAAGUACACGCAUUUGCAGGGUGUAAGUUGUUUAUUAUGUACACUUCAAGAAGGAUAUCUUUAUCAUUUCUCUGCAACUAGUUCAAAUCCUACAGAUGCAACUUGUUUAACUACAUAUCCAUUUACUGCACCUGUUAAUCAUAUUGCACUGGAACACACUGCUUUACAUGCAUUAACCGAAGCUGGUCUCGAGUCUUACACAUUACGUAUAUCCCAUCAUAUCGCAAGAACAUUGAAUAACAUCGAUAAUAUAAAAAUAACAUGCCCUAGUGUCUCUGAGCCUGUUUGUUUGAUCGGUUUACGACCAUUCCUAGGGAUACAACAAUUACUACAUAGCAAAAACUACUUGAUUCUCUUAGCCAGAGCUGACAAUUCUUGGACUUUAUACUCUCUAAUUUUACCUAAGCUGGAAAACUUAUAUUACGAUAUUUUAAAUGUAGCAAGAAGUCACAAAUCUUCCAGUCCAAGCACCUACAGACAUUUAUUAGGCGAGGCUCAUGCUUUAAUACGUUUAGCAAAAGAUGCUGCAUAUAAUUGCUCAGACAUUAACGAAUUCGAUGAUAGCGUUAAUAAAAAUGGACUGAAAUUGAGGAAUUUAUAUAAUCAAUCGUGUGCCCUACUUGGAGAUUAUUAUAUUCGUUCCGAGUACGAGUCAGAUUGGGAUCUUUGCAUACCUUAUUACAAAAUGUCGGGACUAAAACCUACAGAAGUGUUAUCUAGAAAGUCGAGUCAAGAUGCACCGGGUCUUGUUACAUUUCUAACGGAUGUCCUUCUAACGAUGAAAAGUGGCUCAGAAGCUGAUGCUUUGUUCCAAGGAUAUAAUAUUGUAGAAAUCAUUUGUAAAUUGAAGAAACUAGACCUGCUUAAAUUGAUCUUCAGUAGUCCUGUAUUACGGGAAUAUACUACAGAGAAGCUGAUACAUAUUUUACUGUUGUACGAAACAGACGAGUUAAUCAAGUUAGCUUUGGCAUUGUUGCAUAUACAAGCUGAGAAACAAGAACAGGCAGAAAAAAUACUCGAACCAGUUUCGGCGCUAUGUAUUAAAAGAAUAGUCGUAGAACAUUGGGACUUAUUAUUUGAUAUGACUGCGAUGAAGAAGAGAAGCCCGAUGAUUCCAACGUUCUCCGACUUUGCGGGGAUGUUGAUGCGCCAGAAGAAUUCAACUUUCGCUGAAAUUUUAAUACAGAUAAUAGAAGAUGAUGGAAUUUUAUCUCUUCAUCAAAUUAUACAGGUGUUUUUAGAAUAUUUACCGUCAAGGGUUGGAAGAGAUGGACACAAUGCGGCCAUGACCUUACAAGUUUUCCUCGAGAGAUAUCUUCAUAAUUAUUUCAGUACAAAGUUGAUCACCGACUCGUCUGUCAUAAGUAAAAAUCAAAUACGCACGGAUUUUGCUUUGAUAGAAGCGUUUAAGUUAUUAGUAAGAUCGUACUUAGGCAAAUUAACUCAAACCAAAGUGUACAAAUUAGAAAGUAAAGAUAAUAACGUACAGGAAAGCUAUGAUAAUUUCAUGUUCGCAAAAUUCAGACCUCAUUAUCUGAACGGAAUGCCACCGUAUGCGACUGAUUAUCAAAAGGUGUUGAACAUGUGUGAUCUAAAGGAUUUCAUUAAUAUCGAUAAGACUGACACUGAGAAAACUGUACCCACGGAAUUGUUUAAGUUGCAGUCUAUAUUAUCCUGCGAUUUUAUACCAAAUGAAUGCUUAUACGAAGUCAAGCAGUUCCUCGAAACACAAGAAAUUGAUGGUAGCUUAUCUUUGAAAACAUUGUGUAUCAAAAAUACGGAAGAAGUAACAGCUCUUCUAAUGGAGAAAUGUCCUCAAGCAGUUGUACAAUAUGCAAAGGAUAUGUAUACCAAAGACACCGAAUGGAAAUAUUUAAUCGAGUUAACGCAGAAUAAAAUUUCUGCAUCGGUCACGCGGCAAGAGUUGCAUUGUUUGUAUACACAAAUAAUGAAAGCAAUCCUAAAUUAUCUGCCGCAUACAUUAUCUUUAAAAAGUCUUCAUCGUGUUUUGCCGAAAGAUGACGUAAUAGCAUUUCAGAAAUGCAGUGAAAUGUGUAAUCAAAUUAUGCACGCGGAACAUGUUAAAUCUUUGAUAAUGGAAACUGGACAGCAACUGUUAUCAACUUUAAAAUUGUGAAUAGCAAUUUCAGCGAAUUAAUUAUAUAUCGUCGUUUGACGAUGACAUAGGUCCAAUUUACAUACUUCAGUUGGGAAAGGAAACCGUAUGACUCAAGUGCAACAGAAAGUUUUGUUGCAUAUAAAUUAUGUAGGAGAAAUAGAAUUGAAACAAGUAAUAUUUAGUCGAAUUUGUUGAGAACAAUAAUUCUACAUGUGAUACGAUUUUCGCGAAGUCUUAAUUAAUCCGCUUAAAGUUACUUGACAUUGAAUAUAACUACUGAACCCAAUUCUAUAAAAUAGAGCCAUUUCUUCUCGCAGAGCAUAUACUUCAAUUCCUGGAUAACUUUUUUAUCAAUUUUACUUUCGUGAUCAAAUUUAUAAAUAAUUACUGUCAAAUUCACAAUUACCGCGAUACAUCUUGGCUAUUUUAUUUAGAUCCAAUUAAUUAAAGCACAUAAAUUAUAUCAAAAAAUGUCAAAAAUUUAAGACAAAUACUAUAGAUAAAAUUAAUUCACCUAUAACUGAUUGUUGAAAUGUUCUAUAUAGAUAUAUAUUGUAUUAUGUCUAGACGUAUGUUAUCUUACCCUUAACCGAUGAAAUAGUUGAAUCAUAGUUAAUAAAAAUUUAUACAGAAUCGAGCAUAUACAGAUAGAUAUUCAAAUUUUGCAGUGUUAUACAUACAGGUAUUUAACAUAAUAGAUUGCUUUCUACUCUGAACCAAGAAAUUCUGUAACGAUAAUUACAUAUUUUUGACUGUUGGUUGAAUAUUUCUAAAAAUCUGCUGAAGAUUGUUUAUAUUUUAAUCAUUAAGGGCAGGAUGGCAUGUGUUUAGAAAAACACAUAUUACUAAGAUAGUUACUUUUUAUUAUAUUCGUUGAUCUUACGAUGUAGUAUUUUCAUCACUUUCUAAAUGUUACAGAAUAUGUAACUUUAAUGUGCCUUUAGGACUAAUUUCUCUUUGUUAUAAAUCUAAUAAUAUAAUUAUGUUAGAAGUGAUCUAUGAUAUUUAUAAAUUAUGAUAAAAUAUAUCUGUAACUCAUGUGA